AUUUAGCGCUUGCAGCGUCAGUACGACCAGAAGACUGACAACCACGAUCAGCAGGGAGGAAAAAACAGGCCCUUGGAGGAAUGACUCUGUCGUUUACGCCAGCGAGUUAAUGACAUUUUAAAACGUUACGCCCCGAACCUUUCUCGCCGAAGCCGCUACUGAGCGUCCUAAAGCCGGAAAGCAAGAAUGACACAGAAAACGAAAGUGAAGCCUUGGGCCGAGCUCAAGCAAGCCGGCAAUGAAUGCUUUAAGGCGGGCCAGUACGGAGAGGCCACCCGCUACUACAGCCAGGCCAUCGGCGAGCUACACAAGUCUAAUCCAAAGAAUGUGGAGGAUUUGAGCGUGUUGCACUCAAACCGCGCCGCCAGCUACCUCAAAGAAGGAAACUGUGCAGAAUGUUUCAAGGACUGCAACAUUUCUCUGGAGUUGGUACCGUUCAACGUGAAGUCGUUGCUGCGCCGGGCCGCCGCCUCAGAGGCUCAGGAGCGUUACCGGCAGGCCUACGUGGACUACAAGACCGCACUGCAGCUGGACGCACACAUUGUGGCGGCGCACGACGGAGCAAACAGGAUGACAAAAGCGCUGACGGAGGCAGACGGUCCGGCGUGGCGAGAGAAGCUCCCCACCAUCCCCGUCGUGCCUCUGGCUGUCCGAGAGAAGCUCAGACGAACGGCCGGGACCGCGCCGCCGCAACACAACGGCGCCGCGCAGAACCACAAUCUAGCGGGCGAGGACGUACAGCGAGCCAAGUUGCUCAAGGAGGAAGGAAACGCACUGGUAAAGAAAGGGGAGCACGCCCGGGCCGCUGACAAAUAUACACAGAGCCUCCUCCACCAUGCCAAAGAGGCUGCCACCUUCACCAACCGGGCGUUGUGCUACCUGGCGCUGAAGCGCUACCGCGAUGCAGCCACUGACUGUGAUGCAGCGCUCGCCAUUGACGGCGCCAACAUCAAGGCGCUCUACCGACGGGCGCAGGCGCAUAAGGAGCUCAAGGACGUGAAAAGUUGCGUCCGAGACCUCAACAAGCUCCUGGAGCUGGAGCCAAACAACACUGCCGCCAUCAAGCUGCUACAGGAAGUACAAUUACAACAACAGAAACAACCACCACCUCCGCAGGAGAAAAAGAAGAAGUCAAAGACCAAGAAGAAGUGACCACCUGACGCGCAUUUGUUCGGGAACAAAAGUGGGCGGAGUUCGGUCCACAAAGACAACCAAUCAUGAAGCAGUCCGCUCCGUCAAUGUCACUACUGGCGCCACCCAUCUUUUUGACCCAAGUGCCUGAAACCUCCUCCAUCACUGGCGUCUUUGAGCUUUUUCAUUAGUCGUCCCCUUCGAUCGCUUCUUUUUGGGCUCCUUUCAUCCUCAUUGCUCAGUUCACCGUUUCCUUUCGUAUAGUCUUUGAUCUUCAUUGGUUGUGGCUUAGCUGUCGUUUUUUUAAAUCGUCCUUCGUUGGCGCCAUCUUUUAUGCCGUGUCUUCGAGCUCGAUGUCACGGAUCUACUUUCGCCUCAGCUUUUUGGUCCAUUGAUCUCUCAAUCAGUCAGCGCUGCUUUCAUUUGGAUCCCCUUAAUCUUGUCAUGUCCUUGCUUCAUUGGUCUCAUUCAAUUUAGUCUUUUGAUGUUUUAGUCUCCUUGUGGUGUGUUUUAGAUGACACGUCUUCAUUCUUCAUCUAGGGAUGUCAAAUCUCACGCUCAUCGCAGCUUUGAUAUUGUUGCCUGUGAUCACACCUUUGUUGGUCAUUUUUUCAUCUAAUCCCAUCUUCGAUCCUGGAUGUUCCUCACUCCAGGUAAACGUGACACCAGUUAUCACGCAAAAUGUUUCUUUGUCCCCCGGCAGACGGAAACGCAGCCUUCCGAUUGGCCCGCAGAAGCGAUGUUAGCGGCAACAUCUUCAAACUCUUCAGAACCUACUCAUUUUGGAACUGAUGAUUGUGAUAAUGUAGUGUGUUGGCAAAAAAAAAAUAAAAAAUAAAAAAAUCACAUUUUCAAGACCCGAUAAAUCUUUGACAUUAAAUGUUUUUGUACAUUUUUUUGUGUCCUUGUCGUCAACACGUAAAAGCUGAAAGACAAAAUCAUCCGGGCGGGGGACGUACCCUUAAGUCAAACAAGCAAAUUAGUUUUUCUUGAUUUGAUUUAAAGUGGGUUAAAAAAAAAAAAAAAAGCUUCUGCAGCUUUUUUUUUUUUUUGGUCAGUGGAUGAAAAUAUUUUUGAUCCAGCAAACCAAAAUUAAGAGUGGAAUGUCCAUGACCAAUCACGCUUGUUAGCGUGUAUUAGGACAACUUUCAUAAAAUGGUGGCUUGAUACGGUCUCUGGUCACUAUGGAAACCAGUCCAACUUGACAAAAUGCCUGUUCUACAGUGCCCUCCAAAAGUAUUAGAACAGCAAGGUCAAUUCCUUUGUUUUUGUUUUAGACAAAAGUUCAGAAUUCCACCUUUUAUUUCAUGGCACUUACAUCUAGAUGUGUUCAACAACUCAGGACAGAGCACCGUUUGUUUGAAGCCACCCACUUUCCAAGUCAGCAAAAGAAAGUAUUGGAACAUAUGAAAUGAACUUCAAGUGAAUAUUUGGUGGCAUAAUCCUUACUUGCAAUAUUCACUUCACCAGACUGUUGCAUUCUUCAUUUGAAAUGCUUUUCUAGGCCUUUACUGUAGCCUCUUUCAGGUCUUGUUUCUCCCUUCAGUCUCCUCUUCAGGAGGUCAAAUGCAUGCUCUAUUGGGUUAAGGUCUGGUGAUUGACUUAACCUUCCAUCCCCCCCAUGAAGUCCUUUGUUGUGCUGACAGUGUGUUUUGGGUCAUUGUCUUAUUGCAUGAUGAAGCUUCUCCCGAUUAGUCUGGAUGCACUUUUCUGUAAAUUGCCAGACAAAAGGGCAUUGUAGACUUGAGAAUUCAUUCUCCUGCUCCCAUCAUCAAUAAAGAUUAGUGAGCCCGUUCCAGAAGCAGCCAUGACAUGCCUCCACCAUGCUUCACAGAUAAGCUUGUGUGUUUUGGAUCAUGAGCCAGAUCCUCUCUUUCUCCAUAAUUUGGCCUUUCCAUCACUCUGCUAGAGGUUCAUCUUGGUCUCAUCAGUCCAGAAAACCUUGUUGAAAAACCUUUGUGGCUCAUCUCUCUACUUCUUUGCAAAAUGCAAUCUGACCUUCAGGUUCUUUUUGCUGAUGAGUGCUUUGCGUCUUGUGGUAUGGCCUGUAUAUUUCUUCUACAGUGGAUUGUGAUACCUUCACCCCUGUCCUGUUGAGGUUGGCAGUCAUGCCACUGACUGUUGUCUUUGGUGUUUCUUCACAGCUCUCACAAUGUUGCUGUCGAUACCCUUGGCCGACCUAUUCGAUGUCGGUUUCUCAGUACACCAGUAGUUUCCUUUUUUAGGACGCUUUGAAUUGUUGCACCAGCUAUGCCCAAUGUUUUUGCAAUAGCUCUGAUCGAUUUUCUCUCAGCUUCAAAAUGGUUGGCUUUUCUCCCAUAGACAGCUCUCUGGUCUGCCUGUUUUCACAACAGCAAAUGCAGUUUUCACAGGUGAGACCCAAAGCCAAGAAAACAACACAACAGCAAAUGCAGUUUUCACAGGUGAGACCCAAAGCCUCAACCUUUGGGUGUCUUUUGGUUUCUCUGGUUGUUCCUGAACUUUUGGGGUCCAAUUUAUUUAUUUUGUUUUUGUUUCCAUCUUUUAAUUUCCAAAACGCUGGUAAACUUUUGGAGAGGUCCCGGAACCUUUGGGCUCUGAUCUUUAUGUUCCUAAACUUUGAGUGUGUGGUUCCUGGAGCCUUUGGGGUCAGAUUUUUAUUUUUUAGUUCUUCAACUUUUGGGGUCUAAUAUUUAAUUUCUGAAACCUCUCGUAAUCUGAUCUGUUAGUUCCUGGAAAUUUUCGAGAGGUCCGGUAAACUUCGGGAUUGUGAUUGUUUAGGUCUUCGAUGUUUUAGUUCCUAAAAUGCUUUAUGUGGUGCUUGGGUGUUCUCCCCCUGGCGCCCCCCUCGAGUCUAUGAGCAAACGAGCAUUACGAGCAUGAGUGGGACGAAAAGGAGAAGUCGUGAGCAUUGUUGUUGAAAAUAAACACACAGUUUAAUAACC